CAUCCGCACCUUGUCUGCAGAACAAGCACCUCCUGCAACACCCUCCCCCACUCGAAUAGCAUAUCGCAACGCUUUAGCGCCUAUCGAAAAAGAAACAACCAUGAGGACCCUGAUGUCAUUGCUUGCCCUCUCGGCUAUGAUUGCUGCUGUCGCGGCUGGCUAUGGCUAUGGACACGGCUAUGGUGGCUAUGGUGGAUACGGCGGCUACGGUGGAUACGGCGGUUACGGUGGAUAUGGCGGCUAUGGUGGCUACGGCGGCUACGGAGGGUAUGGUCACGGAGGAUACGGCGGCUACGGAGGUUACGGCGGCUACGGAGGAUACGGCGGCUAUGGAGGAUAUGGCGGCUACGGAGGAUACGGUGGUUACGGAGGAUAUGGUCACGGUGGUUACGGCGGCUACGGGCAUGGAUACAAGCUCAUUGGCUAUGGACAUGGCUACCACGGAUAGCUUUCUUCAUAAAGCCAUAUUUAUGAGACUGUAAAUAAACAUACCUGCGGUUUCAACA